CACUUCCAUCUCCGCAGAGUUCUUUUUCACGAGAGUAUUCCACUGACUUACCUCUACACCCCUUAUACAUCAUGUCAUUACAGUACUGGUCGGAGACCUUGAAUUCUCCUACAUUAUCCGUGUUGCCGCACGAUUUCUUGCGUCCUGUGGGUGGGCGGGUCGUCGAGGCGCGCCACGCGUUCGCAGCGCCGACGGCCGAACAGUUACACAGCCUUGCUACACGUGUGCCCGGUGCCAGUGCCUUUACCGUGGGGCUCGCGGCGUUUGCGACCUUGAUCUACCGUCUCACCGGGGACGACGACUUGGUGAUUCUCACCGACUGCGACUCUGAGGAGUUUAUUGUGCGGGUGAGCAUUGCGGCGGAGUUGCCGUUCGUGGACUUUUUGGCACGCGUGGUGGAGCAGUACGCGCGCGGCGCCGCCCAGCGCGCGCCCUUACAGACGAUUGCUGAGCACCUUCGCGCGCAGAAUCAGCUCGACGACCUCCCAGCGUUGUACAAGCUUUCGUUCCAGCACUCCCGUGCCGCCGAAGGCCUUUUGUCACCGUUGAAGAACUCCAUCAAGGACCUCGCAGUGUUUGCGGGUGAGACCUACACCGUUUACUACAACGCGUUGCUCUACAAGCAGGAGCGCAUGGAGAUUUUGGGUGAGCAGUUCGUCCAGUUUGUGGCACAGGCGGCAGAAAACGCGGCCGUGGCCGUCGGGCAGGUCAGUUUGAUCACCGCGGUGCAGCGCGCAGCGUUGCCAGACCCGACUGCGGACCUCGACUGGUCGUCGUUCCGCGGCGCGAUCCAGGACAUUUUUGACGCGAAUGCGCGCGCACAUCCCGCGCGUACAUGCGUGGUGGAGACCGGCGCGCGCGACCGCACUUUUACCUACCAGCAGAUCAACGAGGCGUCGAACAUUGUCGGCAACUACCUCGUCAAGACCGGGAUCCGGAAGGGCGAUGUGGUCAUGAUCUAUGCUUACAGAGGUGUUGACUUGAUGGUGGCCGUUAUGGGGGUGUUGAAGGCCGGUGCAACCUUUUCGGUGAUCGAUCCGGCGUACCCCCCAGCGAGACAGAACAUCUACCUCCAGGUCUCCCAGCCUAAGGGGUUGAUUGUGAUCAAGAAGGCGGGGAUUCUUGACGAUUUGGUGUUGGGCUACAUUUCCGACGAAUUGGACGUUGUCACACGCAUCCCCGCGUUGGAGAUCCAAGACUCCGGGGCGCUUGUUGGCGGCGCAUUCGGAGGCUCCUCUGAGUGUUUGUCCGCGUACGUGCAGUAUGCGGACCGCUCGACCGGUGUGGUUGUGGGACCCGACCUGAACCCUACAUUGUCAUUCACCUCGGGGUCCGAGGGCAUCCCAAAGGGGGUUUUGGGGCGCCACUUCUCGCUCGCAUAUUACUUCCCCUGGAUGGCGAAGCGGUUCGGGUUGAGCGAGAACGACAAGUUCACGAUGCUCUCCGGGAUCGCGCACGACCCGAUCCAGCGUGACAUGUUCACGCCUUUGUUUUUGGGCGCGCAGUUGCUCGUUCCGACCGCGGACGAUAUCGGAACGCCGGGGCGCCUUGCAGCAUGGAUGGCGCAGUACGGUGCGACCGUUACGCACUUGACCCCGGCAAUGGGGCAGCUUCUCUCGGCACAAGCUACCGCGGCGAUUCCGUCCUUGCACCACGCGUUCUUUGUCGGGGAUAUUCUCACCAAGAGGGACUGCUUGCGCUUGCAGACGCUAGCGCAGAACGUGACGAUUGUGAACAUGUACGGGACGACCGAGACGCAGCGUGCGGUCUCGUACUUCGAGGUGGCAUCUCGCGCGGUUGACCUAACGUUCCUCGAGUCUUUGAAGGACGUCAUGCCGGCCGGACAGGGCAUGCACAACGUGCAGCUUCUCGUUGUCAAUCGCAACGACCGGGCGCAGACAUGUGGCGUAGGGGAGGUUGGGGAAAUCUACGUGCGCGCAGGGGGGCUUGCCGCGGGGUACCGCGGACUUCCGGAGCUCAAUGCCGAAAAGUUUGUCACCAACUGGUAUGUCGAUCCGCAGCACUGGAUUGAUGCCGAUACGCAAAAGAGCCAGGGUGAGCCAUGGAGAGCGCACUACGAAGGCCCUCGUGACAGAUUGUACCGCACGGGCGACCUCGGGAGAUACCUCCCUGACGGUAACGUAGAGUGCUGUGGGCGCGCGGACGAUCAGGUAAAGAUCCGUGGAUUCCGCAUCGAGCUUGGUGAGAUUGACACGCAUCUCUCGCAGCACCCGGGCGUACGUGAGAACGUGACGUUAGUCCGCCGCAACAAGGACGAGGAGCCGGUGUUGGUAUCGUACGUGGUGCCGAAGAUGCCGUUUGCGCACGCGCCGGGCGUGGACGACCCUAUUGUCUCCGGGCUCAUCGCGCACGCGGACUUGAUUCGCGACAUCAAGGCGCAUCUCAAGACGCGGUUGGCCGCGUACGCGGUGCCGACGCUCAUCGUGCCGCUUGCCCGCCUCCCACUCAACCCGAACGGGAAGGUUGACAAGCCAAAGUUGCCGUUCCCGGACACGGUUCAGUUAGAUGCGGUCGCACAGCUCUCGGCACAAGAAAUUGACGAGUCGCUCUUCUCGCCUAUGGAGGCGACGAUCCGCGACUUGUGGAUUUCGGUUUUGCCACAGCGCCCAGCAACCGUCACCCCGGACGAUUCGUUCUUUGAUCUCGGAGGCCACUCCAUCUUGGCAACAAGAAUGAUCUUCGAGUUGAGAAAGCAGUUGGUGGUGGACCUCGCGCUCGGGGCGAUCUUCAAGUUCCCGACUAUCCGUGCGUUCGCCACGGAGGUUGCGCGCGUGCAGCGCGGUGCCGACGUUCAGCUCACCGAUGUGGCAGAGGCCGCGCCCGAGACGCCUGCUGAUUACGCGCAGGACGCGCGUGACCUCGCACGCACAGCCUUGAAGGCUACCUACGCCUCGCGUGCGCCGUUGGCCAAGACUGAUGCCCUCAACGUGUUUGUAACCGGUGCCACCGGGUUCCUCGGCUCGUUCAUCCUCCGGGAGCUCUUGACCCGCCCCACCGCCAUCCGCGUGUUUGCGCACGUGCGUGCAGCAGACGCGGCCGCGGGACUUGACCGUUUGCGCACUGCCAGCAAGGCGUUCGGCAUCUGGAACGAGGCCUGGACUAGCUCCAUCGAGGUGGUGCUUGGCGACUUGUCCGUGGAGCAAUUCGGGUUGACGGAUGAAAAGUGGGCCGCUUUAGCCGAUACCAUCGAUGUAGUUGUCCAUAACGGUGCGUUUGUCCACUGGGUGUACCCGUACACGAUGCUCCGCGACGCGAACGUGAUCGGGACCGUGAACGUGCUCAACUUGUGCGCGCACGGCAAGGCCAAACAGUUUUCGUUUGUUUCCUCCACCUCCGCGCUCGACACCGAGCACUUUGUGCGCGAGUCCGACCGCUUGAUCGCGGAAGGCAAAGCCGGGUUGUCCGAGGAAGACACCUUGGAGGGUUCCGCGGAAGGCCUCGGCACCGGCUACGGCCAGAGCAAGUGGGCCGCGGAAUACAUCAUCCGCGAAGCAGGGCGUCGCGGCCUCCGCGGGUGCAUCACGCGCCCGGGGUACGUCGUGGGACACACCACCACUGGGUCCCAGAACACGGAUGACUUCUUGUUGCGGAUGUUGAAGGGCUGUGUUGAGAUUGGGCAGUACCCGGACAUAACCAACUUUGUGAACAUGGUGCCGGUGGACCAGGUUGCGCGCGUCGUGGUCGCGACCGCGUUGCACCCACCAAAGUCCGACGUGCUCGCUGUCGCACACGUGACCGGGCAUCCGCGCAUCCGCUUCAACGAGUUCCUAGGCGCGUUAGCCCCAUACGGGUACGAUGUAAAGGCGACGGAUUACAUGGCCUGGAGGGCCGCGUUGGAGAGGUAUGUGGUGGCGGGAGCGGAUUCCGCGUUGUUCCCGUUGUUGCACUUUGUGUUGGACAACUUGCCGCAGGAUACAAAGGCGCCGGAGUUGGACGACGCGAACGCGCGCGCAUCGUUGAAAAUGGACGCGGAGUGGACCGGCGCAGACUUUUCCGCGGGCAUGGGCGUAGAUUUGGCUCAGAUGGCGAUCUAUGCUGCGUAUUUGAGCAAGAUUGAGUUUUUGCCAAAGCCAGUGUUGGCGGGUGUGGCGUUGCCGGAGGUGGAUUUGAGUGAGGAAACAAUCCAGUUAGUGCUUUCGGGCGCCGGUGGGCGUGGCAGUGCCGCUAAAUAGAGGGGAUGGCCUGCGAGGUGAAACUGAGGUA